CAUAGAGGCAACAGGGGGAAGAACAAAGACUACAGAAGCAAUCUCUCUUUCUCGGAUCUCUAAGCAUAUAUUACAUAGAAAAUUCAAAAAACAAAAAAAAGGGAUCAAGAAAUUGACCCUUCUUGUUCUACUAUCCUCCAUUCUUCCAUUACAUACUGCUUUCUAUCACAUCUUUUACCAUAAUUUUUUUUUAUUUUAGACAUUGUGGAUAUAGCAUGGAUCACGCUCGAGCAUUUUCAUCUCCGCAAUUUCUUACUUCUUCAACAAGUAACAAUGGACAUCCAGAGGAAGAAUGUGGCUUGGAAGGCCUUGCCACGAAUGUUAAGCUAUUGCUGAAACUACUUCAAGAUCAUAAUGGGUCUAGCACAAAUGAAAAUGAAGAGCGCAAAGUUCAUAGGGUGAAUGGAAUGAUGUUUAUCUUAGAUGAGGUUAGGUCAAGGAUUCAAAAAAUUCAAUCUUCCACCAAGAGAAGAGCUGAACUUAGGCGGUGUAACACUGACCUUAGGCGUACCAUUCCAACCUCAAAGGACAAAAGGGUUGCUGAUGUGCCUACAGAUGAGAAAGAGAAGCUGAAGAGGGAGCUUAAUGCAAGCUUGGUAGCACGACAAAGCCUUCAAGCAAUGUGUUCAAGUUUGGGAAAAGAAAAGCAAAUUAUGGCUUCUGAACUUGCUAGAAAGGCACAAGAGUUGACCGAACUGGAGGAUUUCAUUGGUGAUCUAAAAGCACAGAAUGAUAUGUUGAUGGAGAAGUUGCAUGCAUGCAGCUCAGAACAGAAGGAGAAGAAGAGUAAUGGAAUGGAAAUUGAAAGCAACAUAGCUCUACAAGAGCGUAACAAGGCACUUGCGGAGCAACUCCUAAAAUCAAUUGACGGUUAUCGGUCUCUGAAGAGAAAACUCAGAGACAUUCUAGAGGAAAAUAAGGAAAUUCAUGAUAUGAUGGAACAAAUGGAGGUGGAAGUUCAAACAGGCAUUGACAGGAUACGUAGCUUCAAGAAAGGAAUGAUAACAAAUAAUGUAGGAACACGUAGCAUCAAUGAGGAAAUUUCAGCUUUAGAGCAUAUGCUUCAUUCUCUUCACGUCAAAAUCUCAAACCAUAAACAGAAGAAAACUUAAUACGAUAAGCCAAAAGCUCAAUCUGUGAUUGGUAUAGGCAAAGACGAGAAGCAUGAUUUGCAGGGGAAGAAAAUGGAAACUAUAUGCAUCCAUCCAUUUACAACAUGCUCUUGCUCACUUCUUGCCUACCUCAUCUAUUUUCAUGUCUAGAAAGCAUGCUCUUAGACCAUGAGCAGAAAGGGAGCCGUUGACCAGAAGUUGCUCGUAAAUCUGUGUAAUAUGAGUGAGGAAGAAGGGGUCAAACAGGAGAAUGGCCAUAUUACACAUGUUUUUGCACUUUGAUUCAGAUGUCCACUGACUUCAAGAAAGAGUUGUAUAAACUAGGUUCCUGCCCUCACUGUAUGCAUGUCUUAAAUUCAAUUUUCCUUCAGUUCAAUCUGAUCUAUGUCAUAUAGAGUUUAUAAGUACAUACAUUAUUCACACUUAAACCAGUAAAAGAACACAAGUCCAGUAAGGAGCAAUUUACGCAAACUGGUACAGAAAAAUCAAGAAAAGAUUAAAAAUUAGUUGGUUGCACAUAAUCACUUUAAAGAAAUCAUGCUACUCCAUCUAUACCUGCAAGUCCUAACAGCUUGUUUUCAGUCCCAAACUAGCUCAAAUAGAGCCUGCUUACUGUAGAUCUUAGCAAAGUUGGCUUUUAGAAACAUAUUGGUCGUCCUUCAGACCAUGACAAUCUAUUCUUGAUAUUUAAUGUACGGAUCAUGGUGUUCAGUUUAGGGUUGGAGCAUCAUAUAUUACAAUCCUCGCAUAAAUGAAUCAUUUUAAUGUUGUACAGUAUUACACAUGCAAUCUAGCUAAUCCAUUUCGAUGUUGAACCUGAUGAUCCACACAUACCACCUUCCAUAUUAAAUGCUUCCAUUAAAACUAACGUUAUUAAUCUUGUAUCACUACUCUCGACACUGUUUUAUAAAACACUAUUUUUUAAAAAAUAACGACUGUAAGUAGAAAGAUACAACUAUAAAAGUAAUAACAAUAAGUGCAAUAUGACCAAGUUCAAUAAAUUUACUAAUCUACUUUUUUAUUUUUAAAGAUUUCCCAAAUCAACUAAAAAUAUAGCAAUAAUACUUUUCAAAAGACAUUAGCAAUCUUCCCCUCUUAAGCUAACUUUUAAGUAAAUUAAGUUCAAUUUUAUAAUAAUUUUGAAAGUGAAUUCCAUUUUCCCAACAAAAGGCACGUUACAGCUACACCUUUCUAAAGUUGGGAAUAAUAGACCAUGACCCAUGACACCAACUCUUGAACGCAACUGUACAUUCUCAGUUAUUUGCCUAUAAAAGAGGACAUAAUUGCAGAGACGUGUAUCCAAUAAACUAUAUGAUGUUAAUUUUCCUGUUAAAAAAAACACAUUAAGAUUUUACCAAAUGAUAUAUCAUGGUUUCAAAGGCAAAAAUCCCACUCCAGUGGAGAUAUACAUGAAACAUGGUACAGAGUAUCAUGAUUCCUAAAUAUUUUGUUCAAUAAUAUUGCCAAUGUUAAUUUUAACAUGACUUGAUAGUUAAUGAUGAAAAGGGAAAACACCAGUUUGAGAUCAUAUAGAUGUAAAAGACAAUAUUUACAUUUUAUUGAGCAAGGCUUUGCAGCUUGCAGGCUGCAACUGAAUCCAGAAUCCAUAUAUUACUCGCUACCUUUGAACCUGUAGAGCUUGCCAGAACAUCCGCAUCAUGUCGCCUUUGGCCGAAAAUCGUAUCCCUUCUUGAAGGAAUGCAUUUAUCAGGAAGCUCUAGGCUGUAAAUAAUAAGGGUUUGGUAUGGAUGCGUAUCAGAUGCUAUUGAUUCUUGGUCAGCAGACACUGGUUUUCUAUGGAGAAUUGUCCCUCCAGCAGCCACCACAAGGUCUUGCAGAUAACCCUUGUACGAAGGUAUAAAAUCUCCCAUAAAAUAGAACUUGUAGCCAUCAAAAAGCUUUGGUUUCUGCAUAAGAAAUUUUGUCAACACAAACCACUAGUUUCGCAAACAACCAAGUAUUAGUGAAAUAGACGGCAGUUACUCUAGCUCAACUCAAUUGAAAUGCAAUAAACCAUCCAAUGCAUGUUUCAUCAUUAUUAAAUAAUUUUAUCAACUUUAAGACACGUGUGGGUGUGAAAGGAAUUCAAGGAAAAAGAUGGGAAGGUAGAAAAUGUACGAGUAAAUUGACAAACACAUUGUGCCUCCAAAUUACACUGUCAUUUCCUCUAUUGCCAAGCACAACCAUUUUGUAUGUUUGCAUCUGAUUUCUCGGUUUUACCAGUAAGUAACCAUGACUACUUGAAGGCAUACAUUGAUUGGUUGCUCAUUUGAGGUUUUCUUUCUGCUUUGCAGAUAUUUUAGGUGUCUCGUACUUUUUGAGAAUGAUUUUUUUAGGUUACUUGUACUUAGCUGGAGCGGUUACACAAGACGAAAACUUGGAUAAAAUCUAUAAAUUCAAGUCAGUCACUGAACCCAACGACAAUAAAUUUUCUGGCAGCAUAACAUCCAGAAGGCACAUUACUAUUGCAUUUUCUUUCACCGUCAAACCACUCUCUUAUAGUCACGAUGAUGAUGAUGAUGAUAACAUGACUAAAAUGAAGAACCGAACCUUGUUCAAUACUCUCAAUCGUCCAAGCCGAGGACCAUCCCUGAUUCCAUGGAUGUCAACGUUAAUUUCAUAACCCUCCUCAUCAACAGGAUUCAUUCCCUUCAUGCAAGCUCUGACCCCUGCUUAGCCAAAAACCAU